AAAUUCUUUGUAAAUAAAUAAACAAAAUAUUUCGUCUUCACACAAACAAGAAAAAACAUUCAUAUUUUACAAUAAAAAUCUCAAAAACAAAAUAUAUUUAAAAAUUUCAAAUGGCCAAUUCAACAAGCGCAACGACCGGUCAGAACAAAGUUCAAAAUAAUGAUAAUUCAACGGGUGGAAGCGGUAGCGGUGGUGGAACGACAAACGCUACUGCUAAUGCAACAUCUAAUGCUGCUGCUGCUGCUACCGCUUCUUCAACAUCAUCAUCAACAACCGGUCAGCAACAAGGAACGACAACAGCAACAACAACAGGAACAGGAACUGGUCAACAAAUAUCAACAAAUUCAACAACAAAUCAAACAACAACAACAACAACAACGAAUAAUGCAAACCAAAAACUUUCAACAACUGAUCGUAUCAUUAAAAGUGUACCAUUUCCACCAUCGCAUAAGAUAACGAUGGCCGAAGCAUUUGAUACAAAAACGAACAAGCCACGUAUCGAUGUAUUGAAAUAUCAUUUUGUACAUGAAGGACGUUUAGAGGAAAAUGUUGCCCUACGUAUUAUAAAUGAGGGUGCUGCCUUAUUGAGAGCUGAAAAAACAAUGAUCGAUAUUGAAGCUCCCGUAACCGUUUGUGGUGAUAUACAUGGUCAAUUUUAUGAUCUAAUGAAAUUAUUUGAAGUUGGUGGUAAUCCAUCAUCAACUAAAUAUCUUUUCCUGGGAGAUUAUGUUGAUCGAGGUUAUUUUAGUAUCGAGUGUGUUCUUUAUUUAUGGUCAUUAAAGAUAACCUAUCCAACAACGCUCUUCCUAUUGCGUGGCAAUCAUGAAUGUCGCCAUUUAACCGAAUAUUUUACAUUCAAAACUGAAUGUAAAAUUAAAUAUUCGGAACGUGUAUAUGAUGCAUGUAUGGAAGCAUUCGAUUGUCUACCAUUAGCUGCAUUAAUGAAUGGUCAAUUUUUAUGUGUACAUGGUGGUCUAUCACCAGAGAUACAUACAUUAGAAGAUAUAAAAAAAUUGGAUCGUUUUAAAGAACCACCUGCAUUUGGACCAAUGUGUGAUCUACUUUGGUCAGAUCCAUUAGAAGAAUUUGGUAAUGAAAAACCAAAUGAAGAACAUUUUACACAUAAUUCUGUACGUGGAUGUUCAUAUUUUUAUUCAUAUGGAGCAUGUUGUGAAUUUUUACAGCAAAAUAAUUUAUUGUCAAUUAUACGAGCUCAUGAAGCACAGGAUGCUGGUUAUCGAAUGUAUCGAAAAUCAUUGGUAACCGGUUUUCCAUCAUUGAUAACAAUAUUUUCGGCACCAAAUUAUCUGGAUGUUUAUAAUAAUAAAGCGGCCAUACUCAAAUAUGAAAAUAACGUGAUGAACAUACGCCAAUUUAAUUGUUCACCACAUCCAUAUUGGUUGCCUAAUUUUAUGGAUGUUUUUACAUGGUCAUUACCAUUUGUUGGUGAAAAAGUAACUGAAAUGUUGGUCAAUGUUCUUAAUAUUUGUUCUGAUGAUGAAUUAAUUAUUAAUGAAGGUGAAGAAGAUCAAAGUAUUGAAGAAGCAGCGGCACGUAAAGAAGUUAUACGUAAUAAAAUACGUGCUAUUGGUAAAAUGGCACGUGUAUUUUCCGUAUUACGUGAAGAAUCUGAAAGUGUUUUACAAUUAAAAGGAUUAACGCCAACAGGUACAUUACCAUUAGGUGCAUUAUCUGGUGGUAAAAAUACAUUACGUAAUGCAUUGGCUGGUUUUUCACCCAAUCAUAAGAUAGCCAGUUUUGAAGAAGCCAAAGGUUUAGAUAAAAUGAAUGAACGUAUGCCACCAAGAAAAGAAGCACCACCACCUGCACCAUCAUCAAGUAAAGAUGGAAAUUGAGAAAAAAUAAUGAAAAUGAAAAAUGAAAAAUGA